CCAUGUGAUCCAAACAUCACUUGACGUCUCUCGUCUGAGCACAGACUGAAAGAAGCGAGAAAGGAGUGGAUACAGCCAGCACACAAGGCGUCCAGAGAAGGACAGGGGCCAAACAAUUGCUCCUUCCUUCUCGCUCCUCAACCGACCGCUUCAGCACCACCAAGCGUCGGCCAUCGAAGGUCGGGGGCGGUGGGCGAACGGACAGCGCCGGUCCGGUUUCCACUUCUGGCUCUAUUUCAGAAGUCUGCCGCAAUUGACUGAGUGGAAGUGAAAAAAGGAGAAUAAAAGACAGAAGCAGAGAGAGUAACUGAGGGGAAAGAAGUUGGACAGAUCAAUAGUUGAGUGUUUUUCCCCCCUCAACGGUAAUGAUGAAACAUGAUGCCAGUGGAUGGCGAUAAUGCAAAAUGAGCUGGUUCGCCAUCCGAUAUUAACUUCAAAAGAAGAAGAAAGGAGACGAAUACCAAAGAAGUGCUUACUACCCCCCAAUAAACCUAGUGUGCCAGAGGAGACAAAUCCAGAUAAUGAGUCCAACUCAUUUAGUGGGAAAGGCGUCACAGUGAGAAGUCAGGAAAUUCUGUUUUCGGGAUGAGUGGCAUCGCAAGUUCACCUAACCGAUAUGUUAGGAAGUAAAAUUCAAUUAACUUGACGUUUUCAGUGUUUACUCUGUUUCACUUAUAUGUCAGAACUUGCACGAUGAAAUGUGAAUUCAAAGUGUCUUAGUUUCUUCAUGUAUUCUUUAAGUACUAUGUAUCAUUUAUACAGUGAAAAUGAGAGGAAAUGUGAAUAAUUACUUUGCGAGAACCCUAAUAAUCGCUCUAUCAUAUUACAUAAGUAUUUUAACAUUUUAUUACCUUUUUGUCAUUAACAUUUAAAUGCUUAGCUUUGAAAACAAGUCAUCUAAAACUUCAAAAUGCCAUGUUACACAAAAUAAUGUUAAUGGCCUGAGUUUGACAACUUUGAUUUAAACUGUAAAAACAUUAAGUGUGAAUGGAUUUUUAUUAUGUGCUCUGUAACUGACUGUUGACCCAGUCCAGAGUGUGCCUUGCUUUUUAAACAAAUUCAGUUUAGAUAGGCUGUUCAAGUGUGACUUUUUUUUUCUCUUUUUUUUAAUCUGUCCUGUUCAACUGCUUGACACGGAGAAUGGCGAUCUGAGUGUCCAGUUGAUCUUAACAAUUGAACAGGCAAGGCAAGGCAAAUUUAUUUAUAUAGCACAAUUCAACACAAGGCAAUUCAAAGUGCUUUACAUCACAUGAAGAUCAUAAAAAUCACAUUUAAAUCAAUACAACGUAAAAACCAAGACAAAAGAUCGCAUUUAAUCACAAAUAGAAUAAAAAUAAAUAAACAAAAAUAAAACAAAAACUACUACUAAUAAUAAUAAUUGAAAUCAGCAAUGGAGAUAAGCACAAGAGGAAUAGAAAGCAGGUAGAUUGAAAUAUAUAGCCAGUUAUGGAUAUGCAGUGCUAAACAAAAGUGUUUUUAGCCCUGAUUUAAAAGAGCUAACAGUUUGAGCAUACUUCAGACGUUCAGGUAACUUGUUCUAGAGGUGAGGAGCAUAUUAACUAAAUGCUGCCUCACCCUGCUUGGUUCUUGUUCUUGGAAUAUGCAGAAGACCGGUUCCAGACGACCUUAGGGGUCUAGAUGUCUCAUAGGAAUCUAACAAGUCAAGCAUGUAUUUUGGUCCAAGGCCAUUAAGUGUUUUGUAGACGAGCAGUAGUAUUUUAUAGUCUAUCAUUUGACUCACUGGAAGCCAGUGUAGCGAUUUCAAAACCGGUGUAAUGUGGUCCAGCUUCCUUGUAUUUGUGAGGACUCUGGCUGCAGCAUUCUGUACAAGCUGCAGCUUCCUGACUGAUUUUUUAUCAAGACCCGUAAAAUACAAUUAAAUGUAUCACACAUGCAUCCAUUGUGGCCAUUCAACGUACCUCGUUUAUUACCGUAAUUUCCCAAAUAUAAGGCGCACCCGUGUAUAAUGCGCACCCCAAAUUUACUUGUAAAAUCUAGGGAAAAUUAUUGUACCCGUUUAUAAUGCGCACCCUAAUUUUAGCACCGAUAAAUAGAAGAAUACAAGAAAGCAGAGCUCGUAUACAGAUACAGAAAUGUAAUUUUACUGACUGGUGAAACACAGCACAAGCAUAGCACAUUUGUAGUUCAAAACAUUACCAUAAACUGACAAUAUUUACGGUAAUAAUAUGAUUUGACAACUUCUCCAACUUACCAGACUCUAGGAGAAAACAAAACAGAUGUGACUUUUCUUUUAAAUGCUGCUGUAUAACUUGCUCGUUUCACCAUGAUGAAUAAAUGUUUCUUCCAUGGAUUGAUACGGUAAAAUAAAAGUGGGGACUGAAGUCGGAAAAUGGAAAAAGCGCAUCGCUGUGGAAUGUAACAAGAGGAACUAUUGUUAUUUGGGUUUGAGUUUCCCGAGGGACAGAUAUAGUUGACGGACACAGGAACUCUGUGUUGUGUUACGUUUGUUAUGGUCCGAGUUGCCGAGUUGCAAUAAACGUUGACUCAAAUGAGUUCUGUGCUUUAUUAAGACUGAAAAAAGCAGAAUUUAACACAGACGAAAUCAUUCGACCAAUCAGUGUGGUAUUACCGAAACAAGUAUUACCGAAACAAAAUGGUGACUUCGUGUACCGUAAUGGUCGGCAACGGAUCACCGCAUACGUUUUCUUCGACACAACAUGGCCGUGUCAAUAAAAAAAAAUCUGUCUUUUAAUAUACACUCACCGACCACUUUAUUAGGUACACCUGUCCAACUGCUCGUUAACACUUCAUUUCUAAUCAGCCAAUCACAUGGCGGCAACUCAGUGCAUUUAGGCAUGUAGACAUGGCUUAAGACAAUCUCCUGCAGUUCAAACCAAGCAUCAGUAUGGGGAAGAAAGGUGAUUUGAGUGACUUUAAACGUGGCAUGGCUGUUGGUGCCAGAAGGGCUGGUCUGAGUAUUUCAGAAUCUGCUAAUCUACUGGGAUUUUCACGCACAACCGUCUCUAGGGUUUGCAGAGAAUGGUCCGAAAAAGAAAUAAUAUCCAGUGAGCGGCAGUUCUGUGGGCGGAAAUGCCUUGUUGAUGCCAGAGGUCAGAGGAGAAUGGCCAGACUGGUUCGAGCUGAUAGAAAGGCAACGGUGACUCAAAUAACCACCCGUUACAACCAAGGUAGGCAGAAGAGCAUCUCUGAACGCACAGUACGUCGAACUUUGAGGCAGAUGGGCUACAGCAGCAGAAGACCACGCAGGGUGCCACUCCUUUCUGCUAAGAACAGGAAACUGAGGCUACAAUUUGCACAAGCUCAUGGAAAUUGGAAAAUAGAAGAUUGGAAAAACGUUGCCUGGUCUGAUGAGUCUCGAUUUCUGCUGCGACAUUCGGAUGGUAAGGUCAGAAUUUGGCGUCAACAACAUGAAAGCAUGGAUCCAUCCUGCCUUGUAUCAAAGGUUCAGGCUGGUGGUGGUGGUGUAAUGGUGUGGGGAAUAUUUUCUUGGCACUCUUUGGACCCCUUGGUACCAAUUGAGCAUUGUUGGAACGCCACAGCCUACCUGAGUAUUGUUGCUGACCAUGUCCAUCCCUUUAUGACCACAAUGUACCCAACUUCUGAUGGCUACUUUCAGCAGGAUAAUGUGCCAUGUCAUAAAGCUGGAAUCAUCUCAGACUGUUUUCUUGAACAUGACUAUGAGUUCACUGUACUCAAAUGGCCUCCACAGUCAGCAGAUCUCAAUCCAAUAGAGCAUCUUUGGGAUGUGGUAGAAGGGGAGAUUCGAAUCAUGGAUGUGCAGCCGACAAAUCUGCGCCAACUGUGUGAUGCCAUCAUGUCAAUAUGGACCAAACUCUCUGAGGAAUGCUUCCAGCACCUUGGUGAAACUAUGCCACGAAGAAUCUGAAGGCAAAAGGGGGUCCAACCCGUUACUAGCAUGGUGUACCUAAUAAAGUGGCCGGUCUGUUCAGAAGGACAAGGCUCUUGUGGCAUGACGACGACAAACAAAGGAAAUAAAGCCUUAAAGGUGAAGCGAGAGCCAGGAGAGAAUGGCACCAGCUUGACAGAUGACGAGCUGGUGACCAUGUCGGUGCGGGAGCUUAACCAGCAUCUCCGGGGGCUCACCAAGGAGGAGAUCCUGCAACUCAAGCAGCGGCGGCGCACUCUGAAGAAUCGGGGCUACGCCGCCAGCUGUCGGGUGAAGAGAGUUACCCAGAAGGAAGAGCUGGAGAAGCAGAAGGCUCAGCUGCAACAGGAGGUGGACAAACUGGCCAACGAGAACGCUUCCAUGCGCCUGGAGCUGGACGCUCUCAGGUCCAAGUACGAGGCCUUACAGACCUUUGCCAGGACUGUGGCCAGGAGCCCCACCGUGGGGGUCGGAGUUCGGGCUGGAGGGGGAGGAGGAGGGGUGGCAUCAUCUGUCAUCGGUCCACUUAUACCUGGGAAGGCGGCAACGGCGACGAGUGUUAUCACGAUAGUCAAGUCCAAAACAGAUGCGCGCUCUUGAGGUAGGUUUAGUUUGAGAAAAGUGUAUCAGGAUGCAAUUCAACUAUGUCAAAUCAUUUCUCUUUCACUUGCACUCCAGACCACCUCUGUCAGUGACUUGACACAGGUCUCAAGUGCAGUGAAGGACUUGAUGGAAGCAGAGUACUUGGCCCUUGUUCAGUGAUUCCUUGCAAAGGAUCAGACAGUUUCAGGUUGAUCAUUGAAAUGAACUUUUGAAGUGAGGACCCGGUGUUGUCAUUUUGUGGCCUAACGAACAGAUGUUAUGGAACAUUUCACUGAUGGAUUUAAAGACAAAAGAGCUGGAUGGUUCAUCUCAUCUGACCUGACCAUUUCAUUGGCUGCUGAUGAGUCCCAUCUUUCUGCAAUCUUUUCAUAUCAGUACCAUAGACUAUAUCUAUAUAUAAAACGCAAUUGUGUUACCUGUAUUUUUACUGUUUUGUACCGUGUUGUCAUUCACAUGAGGUUCGAAAUGUAUUCUCUGUGUGUGAAUUGUUAAAUAUCAGGAAUUCUGUGAAAUUCGUGAUUGUUUUGCUAUUGUUAUGUUUAGUUAGUUGUCUGAUUUGUCUCAAUUCACAUUUGCCCUUCCCAUUUUUUUUCUCAAUUCCACUUAACUUCCCUGGCUAUAUGCGUAACCAGAUGAUGAAAGAAAUACAAGUUACAAUAAUAAUUAAAAAAAAACAAAAAAAACAUGAAAUUUCUUUUGUAUAAUUUUCUGUGUCGUGUAUCUGUUUGGAAGAUUUGGAAGGGCAAGUGCCGUGCUGAUUUUUAAUAAGUCAGGAAGUGUUGAUUAUAAUAAGAAUUGGACCGUGCCUGUGAGACGUCUAUGACAAUAUUUAACUGCAUUGUUUGAUGAGAUUUGUAGUAGCCUCUAAUAAUAAUUGUAAUAAUAACACAGAUUUACGUGUCUUUGCACUCGUACAUGUGUCGUAUUGACCAAAUUAUUUCAACUACUCCACAGAUUUGAAAGAUUCUUUAGGGAAAUCACAAAAUAAAGAUUACUGGACAGUAUCAUCACAGUAGUUUGACCAGCAACGAAUAAAUGUUUUUUCGUUUUUGUUUUUUUUUCCCCCAACUUGUAUUCACUUAGUUGGGGAGGCACUGACACAAGCUUUACAGUUAAAGUAAUCGUAUGUGGUAUUGUCUUUAAAAAGAAAAAACAAAAAAAACAAGAAACAAAAACAUUGUCCGUGUAUGGUUGUGUGUCAAAUUUUAUAUAGAUUGAAAAAAAAAGUUAGCUUUGCAUUGUUUGUAUUAACCUGUGGGGGAAAAAAACUAGGUGAAAAUCAGUUUGAUAUACAGUCUCUAUUUUGCAAUUGUACCAAAAGUGGCUUAACUACUGAAUAGCUUUGUUCUUUCUCUAGUGACUAGCCAUGUGUGCGUAGCUGUGAACAAGCGUGUAGUGUGCUGUCUAAGUGUGUGACGGAGUAACUAUAACGUUUGCUGUAUUUGUUGGCUACAACUUUGAUCCUUGUUUGAUUUGAGGGCGAGUGAUGACACAGUGUGUAACCACUCUUGUUCUCUCAUUAUAAUGUGUGCCCCAGGAACAUCUGAACAUGUUGGAUCAUCUGCCCAUAAUUUAAAUUUAUGGUUUUUAUGUAGCUCCCCUUUUUUUGUCCUUCAUUUCGGAUCGAAACCUUUGUUGUCAUUAGGGCACACAAACGACUAAUUUCAUUCUGUGAUGGUCAAAUACUUCAAAAGUAACUGAGAUGUGAAGCUUUUUUUUACUGAUAGGUAUAUUAAUGUUUCUAUUAAGGUGACAGAAUAUGUUAAAAUCAAUCCUGCUAUUUAAUGACUUCUCAAAGAGCGACUCGGCAUUUGGACGCUUAAAACAUUUUAAGAAGGAAAACCUCAUUCUAAUAGAUGUCAGAUUAAAAAUGAUGCUGGAUUCUGACUUGUGUUGUCAGAAGCAUCGUUAAGCACUUGUUAAGUUUUCCAAAAUAAAUAGGGAUAGCAUGAAAGGCAUUUUGUUUUAAUUGAUCGAUUACUUGAUUACUAUGAUCCAAAAUUUCAAUGUGUGCAGAAAAUGACACAAAGAAUAAAAUAUAAUUCAUGAAUCAUGCCCACUUUAAUGUUUCUGUUGUGUUGUUUCUUCUCUGUUUUGAGCUGCUUGAUAAGUUCAUUUAUUUUUUAUGUAAAUUGAGUAUGAUGUAUUAGUUCUUCUUUUAAACAUUUUUUUGAGGUCAAACGAAAACGUUUUGCUUAAAUUGUCAAAAACACUGUCCCCACUUUCAGGUUGAAUACUGUUCGUUGCGGGUGUCACAGUGGCAAGAUGGUGUUUAGUUGUUUUUUAUAUGCAAAUUGCGUAAGGCGUACGUAGAACUAACGCACUGAAGCUGUGCCGCUAUUGUUGCUUGUGUCAAAUUGUUCAGGUCCAGUUUGAUGUGACAAGGUUGAAAAAUUUAUAUUCACCGUGAUUAGCAAUAUGUGACUGGGUAUCAAAUGUUUUGGAGGUUUGUUUGUAUCCGGGUUAUGUGUUAUCUGUAUGUAUUAUAUUUAUUCAUAUAUGUUUAAAAAAUAAUAUUUUUCUAUCCAUUUCAAUUUGUUGGUUUUCCCUCCGUGCUGUGUGCUUGGUCUUAAAUGUAGUUCAUCUAAACAUUAAGUCAGCAAAAAAAAAACUGACCUUUAUUCUUCAUCAAACAGGGUUUCUUUAAUACAUUUUCUGAGCUUGACUUGUUUUACUGCUUCCUGCGCAGACCUUACUAAUGAAAAGAUGUUUCAUCACCAGCCCAAGCGGACGUUCCUAAACCAGUCAUCGAUAUUUUAUGACACAGUCAAAGAAAUAGCGGAGGAAAAUAUGAUCUAAGUGACCAAUUUUUUUCUGAGUGAAUUAAUAGGGGUCCUCUUUGAAAAACGGUUGAUUGUAUAAAAAAGGCUUAAUAUUAACCUCUUAUUCUGAAGUGCCAAUUGGUAUGUAGUCACUCAGUUAUUUCCCUGUGUAGUCAAUCACACAUGGAGACCAAAGCCCUUUCACCUACUCCCAAAGCCAAUCAAUGAGAGUAAAUGAACCAAACAUUCCUUUGAUCGUUUGUUUGGUGUGCCGAUCAAUAAGAAUGUUUGCUUUGCUCCUGCUGGCCCUGCACUGGCAUCAAAUCAUUUGAUCAUAUUUUUUACUGUUUUCUUCUUUUUCAUCCUACAGUUGACUGUUUGCUCUCUGAAGUACGUGCUCUUCAUCAUUAAUGAUUUGGUCAGAUUGUACAAUAAAGUUGGAAUAUUUUUGUGUCUGGAGGUAAAUAAUGGUCCAUUUAAAAUUAAGAAAUGGUGAGUUUGUGUGAAAAACAAUGCUGUCCGUUCAAAAAAGGCCCUGUAAUAAGAAAUUCUGUGUUUUGUACUAUUUCUGUAUGGGGUGUAAUAAAUUAUUAUACUGUUCUUUCUAUGGGAAAAUACUGAAAAUGUGACAGUCUUUGUAAGUAUUUAUCUUCAACUAAAUUAUUGUUUUUUUGGUAGAUACAGAAGUGAUGAUGACAAUACCUACUGGUAAAUAUGGAAUUAACUGUUUCAUCAUCAGUCUAAUGUUAUUUUUAUUUAUUGAUGUAUAUACUGUAUGUUUGUCAAUAAACAGUUUACUUUA